AUGAUCAACAAUAAGGGAAUCCAAUUCUCUAAGGCAAGUACGGCGGGAAACAGUGUGAAGGUGUUUACCAAGACACCCGCAGACUACCGGCAGCUAGUUAUCCUGCUAGACUCAAUGAAGAGGCCCUUCUUCACCUACCAGCUGAAGGAGGAUAAGUUGGACCAGAGGGUGAUUCGAGGACUUACCAGAGAGAUGUCUACCGAAGACAUCAGAGAAGAUCUAGUGAGCCAAGGGAUCGCAGACGCCGAGGUUCAACAGAUGAAGAGAAGAAAAAGAGAUCGACCCAGCCCAGCCAAUGCUACCAGCGGUACGGGCACACGCAGCGAAACUGCCGUCUCGCUGAACGGUGCGUCAAGUGUGGUGAGGACCACAACAGCACCAACUGCAGUCUGCCGACGCCGCCAACAGGUUUUCCGUAACUCUAUAAAAACGUAA